GUUUCCGCUUCCGUCUCGCGGCCGCUUCCGUGUUUGGGCGUGAUGGAGUCGGUCCUCAGCGAAGUAGUGGCGUUGGAGGAUUUGAGAAGAUUCGAGAAGAAGUUUAAUUCUGAGCAGAAUGCAGGCGGCGUCUCCAAAGGAACACAGUUUGAGUAUGCUUGGUGCCUGGUCCGCAGCAAAUACAAUGAGGACAUCAAAAAGGGCAUUGUACUUUUGGAAGAACUGAUGCCCAAAGGGAGCAAAGAAGAGCAACGGGACUACGUAUUCUACCUUGCGGUAGCCAAUUACCGACUAAAGGAGUAUGAAAAGGCUCUGAAGUACAUCCGGGGGCUGCUGAGGACAGAGCCAAGCAACACGCAAGCCUUGGAGUUGGAAAAACUGAUCAAUAAAGCUAUGCAGAAAGAUGGUCUGGUCGGCAUGGCGAUCGUUGGCGGAAUGGCAUUGGGAGCGGCCAGUCUGGCUGGCCUUAUCGGCUUGGCCAUCGCUAAAUCCAAAUCCUAAGGUGGAUAGGGUAGGCCUCCCUUCUCUUCCUCUGGUGGAGCAGCCUGGCCUGGCAGCUGGAAGACUAACCCUUCAGAGAAGCAGAGGGAUGAUUAAAAACAUGUUGUUUUCCUCAAAUGUCACUAACCUGACUAAUUCCUGGGUCCUCUUUUUCCUGCCGAUCAGUGGCCAUGCUCAUGAGGCAAAGGGGCUAUGAUAACGCAGUGGAAGAAUGGCCAAGUAGGAUUACAGAGAAUGAGGGGUGCCCUGGGAGUAUAAUCCAACUUCCCUGUUGUGUUAAUCCAAGUUGAGGUCCUUUGCUGCGGUUCAUUUAUUGUCUCUCCUGUACUGGUACAAGAAGAUGCACUAGUCCUCCUCUCUCUCUGCCUUUCAUUUGUCCCAACCACUAAGAGUUUGGAAGUUCCUGCUGCUGAAGUACAGGGCCAAAAAUGAACCCACUUGGUGUCCCUUCUGGAGAAACCAGAAUGUUCUUCUGCCUUUCAGAUGGAGCUUUGACCAAAUACCGGAGACAAGACAGCCUUCUGAAAGCAGCAAGUUUUCCUGGCCGGAAUCUUUCCUUCACUUGCAAACUGAUUUUUCCCCCUCCUUCUGGGCUUGCUCUUUACCUGUAUCACAGUGUGUAGUCAGGAUGAACGCAUGGUCAGCACUUGGUUUCUUGGAAUUUUCCCCUUUAUGGCUAGCUAGACUCCUGAGUUCUUUCACUCUCUUUAAAAAACAUUUUGUGGAGCCGAAGGGGCUGGGUUGCACCAGCAAGAGAACUAGGCCCACCACUUUUGGCUUCUGAUGGUUGUGGUGGACCUCUCAAUAUGUAGGUUUGGUAGUGGUGGGCAGGAGGUUGAAGCCACUUUAGGUCACUCCAAGCAACUCCCUCUCUUGCUGAACUACGAUGCCCAGCAUCCUUCACUCCUGGCCAUGCUCCCUAGGCCUGCUGGGAUCUGCAGCUCACAAGUUAGCUAGCCCUGAGUAAGACAUCAGUCUCUAUGGUGGCAUAGAUACUGUUCCGCUAUCAUGAGUGUUCAAAGAUUUGCACCAUUGGGUGCAACGUUACUCAUCUCCUUUUCCGAGUAAGGCAUUUAUAUUGUUCUCUAGCCUCUGAGUGUCAUGAAGGAAUAAUAAAACAAAUUAGGAGAGUAAUGUUAUUGGUUUCCUUAAUUCUUGGUUUCUGCCUUUCAGGAAGGAUGAAGGAAGGGCAAGUGACAAAUCAUGUCAUUGUGCAAAUGCUGCAACGUGUGUACUGCACUUGCCCCAGACAUCAGGAUGCAAGUACGUAACGGUGCUUGCACAAUGACUUCACCCUGAGCCUGUUAGUGUUUUGGCAUCCUUCUGGCUUACUGUAGAAACCACCGAUGGACCAUGAUCACUUGCCAAACUACCUGGCUAUUGUCAAGCAUUCUGGGAUCUUUGGAGCUCUCGGAUAAUAUUUCUGUAUUCCUGGGCAUUUGCCAGGGUCUGCCUGGAUGACAACCCCCUUUUGGCUCACCUUGUACUCUGAUACAUUGGCAGCAGAAAAUGGCUUAAUUGCUCUGAAGAAACCU